CGCUGCGGCCGGCAGGCGGCGCUGCGCCCCUUCGCGCCGGGACGGCCCGCGCCCCCGCCGCCGCCCGCCCCGCUGAGGCGAGCGGAGCCCCGCCGAGCCGAGCCGAGCCGAGCCGGGCGGAGCCGAGCGCGGUGCCGCCGCGAUGCCAGGGGGCCGCAGCGGCCAUGGGCGGCGGCGCCACAGCCCGCGCGCGGGGCGCCAACAGGUGCACUGAUGUUUGCCCUUCUGCGUAAAGACCUGAUCUCUCGGAGGCCGGCAGAUGCACAGGUGUUAGCUGCGAAACCCCAGUAAGAGAAUGAGUGAGAGAGACUUACAAAGCUUGAGCAAAUGGGUUUUGGUGCUCACUCUCUGCCUUACCACGCUGUGGGGAAGACUGACGCUGGCCUCCACCCACCACAGAAGCCAUUCAGUGCACAUAGAGCCGGGCACGUGUGAAGUCAUUGCAGCUCACCGAUGCUGCAAUAAGAACAAGAUUGAGGAGCGCUCCCAGACGGUGAAAUGUUCCUGCUUCCCAGGGCAGGUGGCGGGGACGACGCGGGCAGCCCCGUCGUGCGUGGAUGCCUCCAUCGUGCUCCAGAAGUGGUGGUGCCAGAUGGAGCCCUGCCUCGAAGGCGAGGAGUGCAAGGUCCUGCCGGACCUCUCCGGCUGGAGCUGCAGUAGUGGCAACAAAGUGAAGACGACCAAGGAACAUGCCCCAGAGAGUUCACAGGGAGGAAGAGGAGAGCUCUGGCUUCUCCAGGGCACGUGCAAUUUGCUGCGGUUGUGCCAAACCCAGCGGAGGGAGCAACCUGGGUGUCCACGUGCCGGCUGUGCAGGGAGGUGGAGUGGGAAGGAGCUCGCCCAUGGCAGCGAGGACAGCACGAACACUGAGUCAGUCCCAGGGCUGGUGUCGGCCUGGGAGCUCUUGGCUCACCGUCUCCCAGCUGCUCCCUGGAGCAGCGGGCUCCUUGUCCCAGCCUUCUGGCACAGCCCUGGAUCCAUUGAGGCUUUCUGGGAUGUCACUGCUUCCCCAUCUGAAGCAGUCAUCUGUGACAGAGAGCUACAUGAUUAUUAUUUUCAUGGCUUGCUGAAUGCCCCAAAGAACAAGGUAUAAUUAAAAUUUUAUCAAACUCAUUAGUAAUUAUAUAUAUGUCAUGGUUAAUCAGUUGCAUAAUUUUGUAAUCAUUGUUCAUACAGUUGAGUGUAAUUAUUCCGUAUGCUUUAGCUCUUCUCACCCCACAUACCCUGCUGUAAAAUUAUCGCAUUAAAAAAGUGAUGUGGGGAUUUUUUUCAUUAUCACUAUUAUUUUUGUACACAAAAAGCAUUUUCAUGCUCAGAUGUUUUUAUGGGUGUCAGAAAAGGUUCCUCUCGCCUGGCAUCCAUCACUGACCAGUAAUUGCAGCACUACUUUUAGCUCGUCUUCUUUUUCCCUUCUUUAUACUUCUUAAUUAAUUCUUCCCCCCAGUUGAUAAUGUAACUCAAAGCGUCUGAGGCUUUGCUGACCCUGGGUUCCUACUGGGACUGUUCCAGUCUGCAAGAGGCCAGAGCUUCUGCUCUUCUCCCCUUCCGGCAGCCCUGAUCUCCUUUAUGGCAAUCCUCUUAACAUCCUUUUUUGGCUUUUUUGCCCGUCUCCUCAGGGAGGCUGCGUCUUAAAAACUCAGACCUAUGUUUUCAGAAUGACUAGUGACUUUUAAUGCCCUGUUAAGCACUAAACCCUGAAAGGGGCUGGAUUUCCAGAAAGUUUGAGGCACCUCUCAGUUGCUCAGUGCAAAUAGAGCCCAAAAGAGAAGCUGUAGCCAAACAAGGAGUUCACAAAUAAUCUAUAAGCUUAAAUUUGGAACAAGCAUCCCAUCAAACAAAUGCAAAGAGCAAAUUGUGUUUGCAUCUGCUGGGACUGUUUGCUGAAAAUUCACAAGUGGGAGAAUCAGCUGGAUGUGUUAGAUAACUUGCCCACUGCAAGCAGAUUGACCGUUUCCAUUAGCAAAGAAGAUACCAAACGGACUUCUUCGGGAAAAUCAUUUCAAACAACAAAUAAACGAGAGGGGAGCAUGAUGUCUCCAUGCGUAAUCCAUUAGUGGAAAAGGGAGAAUGUGGCUCUCUGAAGAAUUUUGUGACAAAUUAUUUGCUCAGCAGGGAAGGGAUUUAGCUGUCAUGGGACUAGAACUAAUCCAUGCAAAACACAUCACCAACUUGGAGCGACUGAAAGCCGUGACACAGAAUAUUCUAAGUCAUGAGAUUUUAAGAAAAUAACAGUACGGGAUUACAGUAUACAAUUCCCAGGGCAUCCUGUAGCCUGGUGUGGGGGUGUGGGCUGGGAGCAUCCGCACACAGAGAGUGACCACAAAUUGUGCAGCAUCAGAGACAGCCCUGGGUCCCGUGCGCUCUCCAAGGUGCAGUCGGGACCGCUCACUUCUGCAGCAGUAAAAGAGAAAACUUUCUGCUCCGUCACGAACGUGUACAGUGCCGCCAGCCCCUCACGCCGCGGGUUUGCGUUCUUCUUGCAGUAGCAUGGGUGUAUUGUAAGGCUUAGCUAUUGUAAUUGUUACUGUAACUUCAUUCUUUUACG